GGUGGCGGCCACGGCCUCUGCUCACACCUGACUUGACGCAGGGGUGGCGGCCCAGGGGGAGGGGUUUGGGAGAACCUGUUCCCGGGGACCAUGAACCGUCUGGAAAAAGCGGAGGGUGAAAAGCCCCCUCUCCUGCCAGGGUCCUCCUCCCCCGCCAUUUUGGACUCUGCCGUCCCACCUUCUCUUUGGGGGUCGCCUCCGCUCCGGCCGGAGCCAGUGGGUCAGGCCUGGGCGGCGGGGGGUGGCAGGCGGAGCGGGAGCGCGAGGACCCGCGGACCCUCGCGCGGCGGCUCGGGGCCCCGGCCUCUGGCUUCCGCUUCUGCAGGCUCAGCACCCAAGGGCGCCUCUCCGCAUCUGGACUGGAGGACCCCGGCUCAUCCCAACCCUCGCCGCUUUGAUCCAGUUCCGGAAGCCUCUCGCCUGGCUCCUGGACGGCUCUUCCCCGGGGUGCCGCCCAUCUCCCGCUUCUUCCUCCGAGGCCAAGAGUGCACUGCAAGUCUGGGAUGCGGAAGAUUUGGGGGACCCUGGCCUCUGCCCCCCGCGGCCGCGGCGGGCCCUUUCCUUCGUCGGGGCUGGGACACGCCCGCGUUUGUGGCCGCGGUUACUGCUUCAGAGAACUGGAGAAAGCAUUUAGUUCCAUCUCCCCAUUUCACAGAUGAGCAAGUGGAGACUAAGAAAGAUCACUGGCGGUCAGUGCGUCCAGGUCUCCUGUGUGUGCAGUUGAUGGUGGUGUGUGAGUGCGGUGGCUGUGUGGUGGCUUCUCCCUCCUCCUGGGCUCCCACACUGAUUCCAUCACUGAGCUGCUAUAGGACAGCAGCAGGCCGGGAGCUUACUGACCUGUGGAAGACCCCUCCACACAGCAGGAAGAAAGAAGCCAGAAGCCGGGAGAGCCUGUAUUUGGUGGUGAUGGUUGCUGGAGUCUCAUAGGCUUUGCUUUUGUCCAACCAACCCCCAAACAAAUAAACAAGUCCUGCCUUUUGCAUCCA